GCAGCAGCAUAUAGCUACAAGCAAAGCUCACCGCCACAUUGCAUCUAUCUCUGCUACUCGAUCAAGUACUGGAGUUUCUAUCGUCAGUUCCGCCGCCCUAGACCAUCGAGCUCAAUUUCGGAGCAGUGCAGCGCAGUGCAGGUAAUCGGUCAACUGCUAGCCGCAGCACGGUCGUCGUCCGUCGCCGGCGGCGAAGAUGGGGUUCAACCCUCCGGUGCCGCAGCAGGACAGCAACUGGGAGAUCCGGGCGGCGGUGCAGGUGAGCCUCCUCCUCCAGAUCCUCCUCAUCUUCGUCGGCCCCGUCCGCAAGCGCUCCUCCCACCCCUUCCCGCGCUUCACCGUCUGGUCCUGCUACCUCCUCGCCGACUGGGUCGCCGACCUCGCCCUCGGCCUCCUCCUCAACAACAUGGGCAACAUCGGCGGCGGCGGCAGCGGCAGCUCGUCGUCCAGCUUCGGCCUCAAGCGCGGCGGCGGCGGCGCGAACGCCGGCGCCAACGCCGGCAACGCCGACAGCGGCAGCAGCAGCCCCAUUAUCUUCGCCUUCUGGACGCCGUUCCUGCUGCUCCACCUGGGCGGGCCCGACACCAUCACCGCCUACUCCCUCGAGGACAACGAGCUGUGGCUCCGCCACCUCAUCGGCCUCCUCUUCGAGCUCUUCUCCGCCUCCGUCAUCUUCUUCUGCUCCCUGCGCGGCAACCCCAUGAUCCACGCCACCGUCCUCAUGUUCGUCGCCGGCAUCAUCAAGUACGCCGAGCGAACCUACUCGCUCUACUCCGGCAGCGUCGACGGUUUCCGCACCAAGAUCCUCGACCCGCCGGAGCCCGGCCCCAACUACGCCAAGCUCAUGACCGAGUUCGACUCCAAGUACAAGGCUGGCCUGGCCGUCGAGAUCACCAUUGCCGACGGCGAGGCCAGCAAGGCGCAGAAUGAGAUGGAAGAGAAAGAAACCGAGCGCCUCGUGCAGAAAGUCAACAAGAGCGUGGAGGCGCGCGCGUACGAGUUCUUCGUCAUCUUCCGCCGCCUCUUCGUCAACCUCAUCCUAAGCUUCAAGGAGCGCCGCCUCAGCCAGGCCUUCUUCCUGCAGCGCGAGAACCUCACGUCCAGCGAGGCGUUCGAGGUCAUCGAGGUGGAGCUCAACUUCAUCUACGACAUGGUCUACACCAAGGCGCCCGUCGCCCACACCGCCCACGGCUGGGUCCUGCGCUGCGUCUGCUCCGGCUGCCUCGCCGCCGCGCUCGCCAUCUUCCUCCUCCUCGACAAGAGCCGCCACAACAUCAGCCGCGUCGACACCGGCAUCACCUACGCGCUGCUGCUCGGCGGACUGGCGCUCGACGCGGUGGCGCUGCUCAUGCUCCUGUUCUCCAACCGCGCCACCGUCUUCCUCGAGCAGUCGCAGCGGCUGAGGUGGCUGGUGCGGCUGACCCGGGCGGCCAAGCGGUCACGGCGGACGCGGCGCUGGUCGGGGAAGACCUCGCAGCUCAACCUCAUCGGCUACUGCCUGGGCAAGCCGGAGCAUAACAGCAGGAGAGGCCGUUGCCGCUGGUGGCUCAAGGUCGCCGACAAGGUCGGCCUCCAGGACAUUGUCGACCUUGUCGACGACCUCAUCUUCAUCAAACGCGUGCCGCUUAUGAAGGAGGGAUCCAGCAGCAGCAGCAGCCUCCUCGACUUCAUCUUCAAGGGCCUCAAGGGCGCGGCAGAGAAUAUAAAAAAGAAGGAGGACAUCAUGGAGGUGUGCGGCCGCCGAGGCAAGGGUGUCGUCGGGCGCCUUAAGGAGAAGAUCCAGGAGGCGCUCAAGACACACUACGAGGAGCAGAUGAAGAAGGCGGUCGAGGACAAGGACGAACGCCUCGUCCUCGAGGAGCAGAUCAAGGAGGCGCUCAAGGACGACAAGGACAAGGGCUUCGAGGAGCAGAUCAUCAAGGCGCUCAAGAUAGAUAACAAGGACGGACACCUCGUCGUCCUCGAGGAGCAGAUCAAGGAGGCACUGAUCAAGAUGAAGAACAAGGACGACGACGAACGCCUGGAGACGACGAAGCAGAUCAAGGAGGCGCUCAGCAACCAUAGCAGGGACAAAAAGUUCAAACUCAUCCUGGACAGCGUGGUCGAGAGUGACUUCGACGAGUCCCUCCUGCUGUGGCACGUCGCCACCGACCUAUGUGGGUGCCACCUCAAGGAUGAGCAGAGGGUGCCGACGCAGGCCGAAGCGCAGUGGCGGCCCAUCGGCGAGACCCUGUCGGAGUACAUGCUGUACCUGCUCAUUAAGCAGCCGGAGAUGCUGUCGGCCACGGCGGGCAUCGGGCUGCUCCGCUACCGGGACACCUGCGCCGAGGCGCAGCGCUUCUUUGCCUCCAUGGACGCGUGGGUCGGCGCCCACGAGGACGCCCGGGUAAUGCUGCUGCGGGUGAACACGUCAGAGAAGCCGUCGACGGUGAAGGGCGACCGGAGCAAGUCGGUGCUGUUCGACGCUGUCAUCCUGGCUAAGGUGCUCAGGGAGCUCGACGACGACGACAUGUGGGAGGUGGUGACGGGGGUGUGGGGGGAGAUGCUGACGUACGCGGCGGGCAAGUGCCGCGGGAGCACGCACGUGCGGCAGCUCAGCCGCGGCGGCGAGCUCAUCACCCUCGUCUGGUUCCUCAUGGCGCACAUGGGCCUCGGCGACAUGUACCAGAUCCAGGAGGGGGACGCCCAAGGCCAAGCUCAUCGUAAACGACCAGUAGAGUAGCUCGCCGCCGACCAGUAGAGUGUCCUAUUUCCCUCUAUCUCAAUCCUUCUCGUUCGUCCUAUUUUAGUUUUAUCCUAUAAAUUUGCGUUAUCUUGUAACGUGCUUUUGAUGAUCACUUGCUUGUAAUUCAACUGCCCUGUCUGAAAAAAUAUCUACUAAGGUUUGUUGUUUUGUUA